AUGGCUGCUUCUAUUUCUCACCCAAAGAUUGUCAAGAAGUUCACCAAGAAGUUCAAACGUCACCACUCUGACCGUUACGCCCGUGUUGCUGAGAACUGGAGAAAGCAAAAGGGUAUUGACUCCUGUGUCAGACGUCGUUUCAGAGGUACCAUCCCACAACCAAAGAUUGGUUACCGUACCAACAAGAAGACUAGACACAUGAUGCCAUCUGGUCACAAGGCCUUCUUGGUUAACAACGUUAAGGACUUGGACUUGUUGUUGUUGCACACUAAGACAUACGCUGCUGAGAUCUCCCACUCCGUUUCCUCUAAGAACAGAGUUGAGAUCGUUGCCCGUGCUAAGGCUUUGGGUUUGAAGGUUACCAACCCAAAGGGUCGUCUUGCUCUUGAGGCUUAA